CUUAGAAUGUUCAAAAUACUCAAAUUGUUCGGUUUAUUAUUAAUUUGUUUAUCCAUAUUGGAGAUUUGUGAGGCUGACUGUGAAGUCUUUGGUCUGCUGCUGAAAAAGGGCGAAGCAAAAACUGUACCUGGCAAAUGUAGUCAGGUCGUGUGCCAGGGCAAUCGUUAUGAUGAAUACGAGAUUGAGGGCUGCCCAAAUGCCUAUGCCCCCAAAGAUUGUGAAUUUGUACCCGUUGACCUGACAAAGCCAUAUCCAAGAUGUUGUCCCCAUUGGAAGUGUCCGGAUCGAAAAUAAAAUUUUUGUU